GGGCGCGUGGGAAGAAGAGACACUAUCGAGACGGUGAAAUUACCACAAACUCUUACCAUGAUGAAACAUUUGUAGUCUGUAUUGCUUAAAGACAAGAGCCGCUCAUUACCAGUCAUGACCAGGAGGUGGCGAUAUUGACUGAAAUCUUGGUGCUUACAGACUAAUUCCACCAGUCUGCAACUACUGUUGGAGUUAUUACGUGGGAGAGAAGGCAUCUGCAGGCGUUGUUAAAGCAGCAUGAACUGCAGCAGGUCCAUGGCCAGCUGGGAUAGGUUCAGGGUCUGCUGAAGGUCAUGACGGCAGAGGCAGAUGACAGGGUGGUGAGCGCAGAACUGGAAAAUGCCCUGCAUAUGAUCUCAAAUCACAGCUGCACUGUGGACAUGCAACAGUAUUUUACUAACCAGAUCGAGCGGCUCAGAGGGGAGAAUCAACAACUGAAGGCUGCAUUGAGACAGGCAGAGUUCAGACUCAGCACAGUGGAGAGAGAGAAGGCCUGUCAGCAGGCUGCGCUCUCAGAAAAGAUCUGCAAUGUUGAUCAGCUUACUUUAGAGAAACAGCAGAUGACCUCUGAGCUGGGAGUGCGGCGUAUGCAGUUUACCCAGCUGAAAGAGGGGCAGGAAGCGUUGAAAGAGCUGCUCGGCUGUAAGACCUGUGAGCUGGAACAAGAAAACCUAAAACUCAAGACCCAGCUGAAGACUCUAUGGGCUGAGCUGGACCAGGCCAACAGUUCCUUGAGAACACUGGAGGGAGCAGAUGGUCAUGGUCUCAAAGUUGCUCUGGGAAUGCAGAAACAGAUCACUGCUAAAAGGGAGCAGAUUGAUUUCCUGCAAAGCCGAAUUCAGCUGCUGGAGGAGACCAUAGAGAAGCUCAAGAUGGAGAAACACCGUCAGGCUUUACUGGUAAAGAGACAGACACAAGAGCUGCUGUCAGAGAGGGAGAGCAGGAGAAGACUGGAGUCUGAAGUGGAGGCUCUGUGCUCACAAGAGCGAGAGCUCAAAGGCAAAGCAGAGAGACUGGAAGCAGCUUUAUACAAGAUGUCUGACAGUUUUGCUGAAUGCCAAGACUUUAUUCAUAAGCAGGAACAGGAGCUUAUGAGGCUGAAACUGCAGCAUGCAUUAGAUAUAAAGGAAUUGCAAAGCCAGAACUGGCGUAACGUCUCCAGAUCUCCAAUCAGCAGCUGUACCCUACAGACUCAUCUUCCCCUCGCUCAGCAUAACGUUAAUGGCCUAAUGGAGAUGAGAGUCUCUGAGCCCCUUGUGGAGCUGAAGAGUUUUUUAAGAGAGCUGCGUGGUGGGAUUGCUGAAGAGCAAGGACCACACACUACCUUGAGCUUCAGGAGGAGACCCGAGGAAGACCACAAAUCUAGACAACCUAUAGGAACUAAAGGUGCUGAAAGUACCACAGGGCCAAUUGGAAGAAUAAACCGUUACAGUGAGCCAGGAUCCUUCAGAACUGCUGAACCUAAUAAGCAGGAUCACGCCAGCCCUUUAUCAGCUGACAAUAAUGCAGUAAGUUUUAGAGCAGGACAGACAUGCUGUUCCCGCUCUGUUUGUGCAACAGGACGCAGGUCUCCUGUGCACCUUCUCCUCACUUCUGAUCUUCCCACUGACAGAAACUAUUGGCUGGAGGUGGAUCGGCCUGCCUACGCUAAUCAGAUAUCUGCCAACAAACAAGAUGAGCUCACAGGACAGGCAUCUCAGAAAAUCAAGCUGGACAGGCCAUAGAAGCUACUGAAGGAUCUUCAACUGAAGGAUGAUGGUCAGAAUGACACUAUUUUUGUUUAGUCUCAAUAGAUGUGUUUGACUUUGACUUUGACUGAGGCUGGCCUUACUGAUUGAUGAAAUUUGCCAGUUGCAUUCAGGGGAGGAGUCGAAAACAGCUGUCAAAACGGACAUGCUCGCAUUGUUUGCUUUCUUCAUCGCAAAUAAAGUGGAUUAGAUAUUUGUCAGCAAAACAGACAUUUGGAUUUUAAAUGUAGAAACCAAAAACAUUCCUAUGUGCUGCAUAAUACAGCCCCUGUAUGUACAAAAAAGUUUGUGACAUGCCAACAUUAUUAAAAUAUCAAUAA